UUCUCCAACAAUCUUCACUGCUCUUCAUCUCAAAUGAAGAGAUCAUUUUAAUUGUAUUUCAUAAUUUUAAUAUCUUAUUUUCAAUAAAAGUCGGUUAGGCUUUACCAUGAAUAAUUUCAUUUGUAAUUCUAUCUUUUGUUAUAUGAUCAUAUAUGUAUUAUAAUAUCUUUUAUCUAGCUGAUGACUUAUAAAAAUAACAUUGUCCAUUCAUUCUGUAAAAUCUUUUAUUCAAAAACAAAUUAUAUAAAUAAUAGUUUCCUUAACUUGAAGAGCAUAUAUUCCUCUGUUGGUCAAUGCUGCACUCAAAAAUUAAGUUUCGAAAACUACAACAUUCAAGCACACUCAGCUUGCGAUAACAAGAAAUUGUUGUCUAACAAGCUUUCCAAUCCUUCUCCAAGGAUUUCUGGUAUCUCAAAUUAAGGCCCUUCUAAGUAAAGAGCUAACGUGAACUUAUCUAAUAAAUUAUCCACACAUUCUAAUUAAACUGUCUAGACUACUAAUAUUUUCAAUAUCAACUUCUGGAUUUUGAUGCCCUGCCCCAUUAGGUUUUUGCUUUGCUUGCUUGUUAGUGGUACUUUAGGUAACUUAAACCAUUAGUCCUAGAGGUAAUUUUGGCAAUCAUAAAGCAUCUAUCUAUCUCAAAGUUCCUGAAACAGCUAUUCUCAACCUCCUAGUUAGUUUAUCUAUAGUUAGUUAUCUCAGAGCAUAUCUAUUUACUAGUACGAGUACUUGAAAUAAAUAAGAGUAUUAAUAUAAGAGAAGGUACAGUUAAUUCAUAUUUAAUUCGUUAUUAUUCUUACGAAUAAAGUCACUUAAUUUUACAAAUUUAUGGGUGUCCCUUGUAACUAUUAAUUAGAAGCUUCACAAGCAUUAGUGUAAUUUAACCCAUUAUUGGUUACCCAAGGGAACUCAAUUUAUAGCAUUAGUACUGACCUCACCAUAUAGAACAGGUUUUCUAUGCACGGCAACAUGGAAUUAAUUAGAUUAUAUUGUCAACUACAUACCUAUGAGCUUUAUUUAUUAAUUAGUAGGUGCAGCUGCAGGCAACUUCUUGGUAACAUUUGCCCUGAUAAUGUUCAUGCAAUUAAUUUUAACCCAAGCAAACAAUUAAUUAGAUAAGAUUAGCUGCAUCUGCUUUGAUUAAGCGCUCCAGAGGAAUAAUUGCUUCUUGGAUGGUGACAACUGAGUUGGUUUGAAUUAUAACUAAGAACUAAUUGGAAUAAACAAUAUUGAUCAGAAUGGACAGGUCAUCAGUUUUAAAUGGGUGAUUAACGAUUAGUGCAAGCGAAUUAAGAUCACAUGAAGCACUGGCAUUAUAAUUCUAAUAGAGAUUAAUUAGUGUUUUCAGGCAUGAAAAUUUGUGGGAUCUUCCUGCAGCUUUUGGUGCUAGUUGUGAUAUUCUUUCAUGGCAUGGUAAGUUCAAGUAGUAGUUAUGAUGGACCUCUGGUUCUCAACUUCUACAAAGAAACAUGCCCCUUGGUUCAACAGAUUGUGCGGCGAAAUGUUGAAAUCGCAGUGCUCAAAGACCCUCGCAUGGCUGCAUCCCUGCUUCGCCUGCACUUUCAUGACUGUUUUGUCACGGGAUGUGACGGUUCCGUCCUACUGGACGACUCCGGCAGCAUCGUAAGUGAAAAGCAAGCAGGGCCCAAUGUAAACUCGCUGCGAGGAUUCGAGAUCAUCGAUCGCAUCAAAUACAUCUUGGAGGAGGCCUGUCCCCAAACCGUUUCCUGCGCUGAUAUCUUAGCCCUUGCCGCUCGUGAUGCUGUUGUCUUGAGAGGAGGGCCCAGUUGGGAUAUUUACUUGGGGAGGAGGGACUCUAUGAAAGCAGGCUUUAAUGGUGCCAACAAUUUCUUGCCUGCUCCCAAUUCCUCUCUUGAGGCUCUAAUUGCCAGUUUCCAGAAGCAAGGCCUUGACGCCUCAGACUUGGUUGCUUUGUCAGGAGGCCACACAAUGGGGGAGGCGAGAUGUUUAAGCUUCAGGCAAAGGAUUUACGAGGACAACGCCGACAAGUACGAUCAUCGUGAUCAAGAACAGUUGAUAUACAGAAGACGAGCAGCAGGCAGAGUCUUUAGGAGAGCUUUACGUUCGAUAUGCCCGAAAUCGGGGCGAGACGAAGCACUGGCGCCUCUGGAUUCGAUGACACCGGCGAGGUUCGACAACCACUACUUCCAUAGCAUAAUUCGGGGAGAAGGGCUGCUGCAUUCUGAUAACGUGUUGGUGAGGGAAGAUUAUGCGGAAGGGGAGAUAAGGAAGCAUGUGUGGGCUUAUGCCAAUGAUCAAGAGCUCUUCUUUGCUGCCUUUGUGAAUUCUAUGCUCAAGAUGGGCAGCAUCAAUGUGCUCACUGGAGGCCAGGGAGAGAUCAGGAGCAACUGUAGAUUUAUCAACUCCUAGCUAGCUAGCUUGUUGUGACAACUGGAUAGGUAAUAAGGUAUCAUCCAUUAGAACUGGCAAGGGCGUCGUUGAGGACUUGAGAUUUUUUGUUCCCUGAGGUACUUGGCCUUUGUGUUCUGUGCUCUAAGGGCUUCUUCUCAAUUUUAAUUACUACAACUAAUUAGGAACAAGUUCAUCAUCAAUUAAUGUCAUGAAGAUGACUCUGUUUUUGUCCGGCAAGCAUGGUCACUAGAGAUGGCAAAAUGGGCUUGGCCCAACGGGCUGCACUGGGCUAGGGCCAGCAUUUUGCUGGCCCAUUUAAGGCCGGGCCGAUUUGGCCCGGCCCGCUUGGCCCGACGGGCCAAAUGGUGGCAGGCCGGGCUGGCCCGCUAAUCUCGCCCUCGCCCUCACC